CUGGGAAACAGGGGUAGCUGUACUAGGCGCUCGUGCCUGUUGCCGGCUGAAUCAGAAUGGGGGACAAGCCAAUUUGGGAGCAGAUAGGGUCCAGCUUUGUUCAGCAUUACUACCAGUUGUUUGACACAGACAGGACCCAACUCGGAGCAAUAUACAUCGAUGCGUCAUGCCUUACAUGGGAAGGACAGCAAUUCCAGGGAAAAGCAGCGAUUGUCGAGAAACUGUCUAGCCUUCCCUUCACAAAGAUUGCCCACAGCAUAACUGCACAGGACCACCAACCCACUCCCGACAGCUGUAUACUGAGUAUGGUAGUAGGACAACUAAAAGCGGAUGACGACCAGGUCCUCGGUUUCCACCAGACCUUCCUGUUGAAAAACUUCAGCAAUGCCUGGGCUGAUGAGGACCCCGUCAUGGGAUUCCAUCAGGUCUUCCUCCUAAAAAACAUCAACGAGGCCUGGGUGUGCACCAAUGACAUGUUCCGGCUGGCGCUACACAAUUUCGGCUAAAGGCACUAACGGGAGGUGGGAUUCAGGGCAAGAGGAGGAGGAUGGGGUCCCGCCCCCCCAACCCUCCCUG